AUGAUGAUUGACGUCUAUGGGAACUCUGCGCUGACGAUUGUGGCUGCACACGCACGCGAUGGCACGGAAGGUCUGUUCUGUAAUCGCCCUCCGCUGGGCACUAAAGCACCUAUCAUCGACUGUUCAUGGGGGCCUAAUUCGAAACCUGAGCCAUACUGCCUCGUAGAUCACCGUUUAUGGAUUAGUAGCGUUGAGAACAGUCACCCAUCCUCAAGGGCCUGGACAGUUCAAGAGCACUUUCUCUCAACAAAAUGCCUAUAUUUCACAGAGCAUCAGAUAUUCUAUCGCUGUGCCACCCACGGAGUCUGCGAGUCUUUUCCAGCGGGUGAAACGCCUUCGCAGCUCAUUGAGAAUACGGCUCUACAAUCCGUCAAAAGCAACCUAGAGCCCAGGGAGAAAGCAUGUCUUACAAAGGACACGGAUAAAAUCGUUGCUGUCGCUGGUAUAGUAGAGAACCUGCGCGCUGCUUUGAGGGACGAGUAUCUGGUUGGCUUAUGGAGGAGUAAUCUAGUCCACGAACUGCUGUGGCGAUCAUCUUCAAAUGGUGGUGAUCAGUCAAGACCGGAUCCUUGCCUCGCUCCGACUUCGUCUUGGAUGGCAGUCAAAGGAGUUGGCGUGGACAUCAACUCGACAAUUUGUAGCUCAGGAUGUAAUCAUCACAUCAAUAUCAUCCACGCCUCAGUCGACCUCGUUGAUCCUUCGAGACCAACUGGGGAUAUACACCAAGGCUCAAGGAUCCUUCAAAUUCGGGGUUCUCUCAAACAAGUGUACUGGUCUCCGAGUAAAUACUCCGAUGGAGACUGGCGCAAGUAUCAAAUCACGUUUGAGGGCGAACAGAAGGGUGCAUUGACCACUACACACCCGGAUUAUCUCGAGGACUCUUUAACGGAUCGGAGAAUUUUCUUGCUACCAGUACUAUCAGCGGAAGAGGGGCAGAGCCCGGAUAUACGAGCGCGUUGGACACUAUACCAUGAGCAGUGA